AUGAUUUGGAAUGAUUGUGACAAUGAUUCGACUAUUCUUCAUCCAUGGCAAGUAUUAAUGAUUGUAACGACGAAUGAUUAUCAUACAACUGAUACUAUUAACAAAGUAUAUCGUUUUGAUAAAAGUGUCUAUAAGAAACUAAUCAAUCCUCCUCAAAAUCUAAUUGGAAAUUUAUUUAAUAAACAACGUAUUGAAAAUACAUAUGAUGAAUUACAUAAAAUUUAA